CGCACACACGUGAGUUUGUUGGGAUCAGUGUGUGUGUGUCUGGGUCAGCUUGUGGAGUUUACAGUGAAUUAUUAUUAAUAUUACAAACAGUAUAAAACCCUGAGCACGUGGCUGUAUAGACACAGCCCAUCAGAGAACACAGCCUCUCUCACACUGUGUUUAAAUUAAUAUUCUCUAUUAACUCGCACAGCUAACAGGCUAUAGCUACAGAGUGUCUCUGUUAAUGAUAGAUAUGGAGUAUUUACCGCACUCUAACGCUGAGUAUAAAGAUAUGCAGUACUGGAACACCAGGUAUCAGACUGAGGAGAGCUUCGAGUGGUUCGGGGAUUUCUCCAGAUUUCAGCACCUCCUGGUUCAGCAUGUGGGGAGAUAUGACUCCAUUCUGAUGCUGGGUUGUGGUAACAGCGCUCUAAGCACAGACAUGUGCCAGGCCGGCUACACCUCCAUAACGAACGUAGACUACUCCAGCGUCUGUGUGGAGACCAUGGCCCAGCGGCACUCUGACUGUGCAGGCUUGAGCUGGGUGUGUAUGGACAUCCGCCGCCUGGCUUUCCCCGACGCCUCGUUCGAUGUGGUGAUUGAGAAGGGCACGCUGGAUGCCAUGCUGGUGGACGAGCGAGACCCCUGGAAUGUUUCAGACAGCAGUGCCCACCUACUGCACCAAGUACUCUCUGAGAUCAGUCGAGUCCUGAAGCCGGGGGGUCGCUUCAUAUCCGUGACUUUCGCCCAGCCCCACUUCCGCAAGAGACUGUACGCUCGCACCGAGUACGACUGGUCCAUCAACCACCAUCACUACGGCGAGGCCUUCCACUACUUCCUCUACGUGCUCACCAAAGGGGAGGAGCUUAGUUCAGAGGAUGCUGCACUGGAGAGGAGGCUGCGGACAGAAGCCGAGGCCCCGCCUACUGCAGUGUCCUUUCAGGAUGGAGAAAAUGAGGACUUUCUUAAUAACAUUGCUCUGUAAAGUGUACUAUGUAUUGAUUUUUUGUAUCGGUUUGUAUUUUUACAACGUUUUUACUGUAAAUACAGAGUGAAGAACAUCAUCAGGUUUGUGCCUUUAACUGAAAUCCUGAUCCUGAUCCUCUUAUGUGAUUGUUCAUUUCUAGGGCUGCAGUGAACAAGACUUAUACCAGGUCAUUAAGUGUUAAGAAUAAAGUGUUAGGGUUAAGUAUAUGGUUGAGGGUGAGCCAUGAACUGUUUGUACAAAUAGGCUGCAUCUCAAUUGCAUACUACACACUAGUGCAGUGUCUUCUGCAAUACGUGACUUCCUGUUAGCUAAUGUGUCAGCUGGGGGAUCUGGUCCUUUCCUCUGAGUGUUUUAGCUGCCUAGUGAUCAAUCCAGGUUUCUCAUUCGCUACACCACCGCACAUCAAUGUGAUAAUGUGAUAGCUGAUGGAUGACCUAGAUGGUCCAAUGAUCUGUCCCCUCUCAAAGUCUGUAAAUUGGACAAAAUGUCUUCAGGUGUGUUCAUGACUAGCAGUCAGCAAUCUUUCACCAAGAGGUACACAUCCUCUGAAAUAUCUACAGGGCAAGUUUUGCCACAAUCUAGAGUGCAUUAUUCUUUUUGCAGACCUGCCAAUAUAUGUGCAUUUUGUGUAAUGGACAUGCAUUUUGAUCUUCCAGCACACUUGUACAGUUCCAUGUUUUAAAGUAUGCAUAUCAUAUAUUUUAUCUCGCAUUUCACCAGUUUCAGUCAGGUUUUUCACUGAAGUUGAUUCUGCUGCUGAGUCAGAGAGAUAUGUGUGUGUAAGCAAAGUGCUUUCAGGCAAUCAGAGCGCUUCAUUUUCACCAAACUAUCCCACUUCACCUCGCUUAGCUUCACGCUUCAGUCAGAGACCUUAUUAAUGAUGGGAAUGACAGAUUUUGGCUGUGUAAGUGCGUCCGUGAUCAUAUCCAGUAAGACAGAAAGAUAGAGCCAUUCAAUCAUUUCCUCCACACUUCAUUUUCCUCCAAAUUGUCAACUGACACACCAUCGCUGUGCUGAAGACCAUCAGCCUGUCUCUCUCGUUUACAGGUUGUUGAAGGGCAAAAUAUGGAGCUACUGUUUUUUUUUUCUUUCUCAGUUAAACUCAAU